AAGUAUGCUCAUCCGUUACACAAAAUUGUCCCCGUAAAAAAAUAGCGAUGGCAGAUACCUGUGCUAUAAAGAAUCACCUUUCUUAACCAAAUAGGGGAAAACCUUCAUUGAAUGGAUCUAAUGAAUUGAAUUACGUAUACUCCUUAGAAUAAUAUACAUACAAACAGUCAUGGUUAUGGGAAAGAAGAUCCGGAUAAAUGUGAAGUCUGACCGAGAACCGGUGGAUCCAUUAUCAUCUUCAUCAUCUUCAUCAUUAUCUACUUUACAGGACCAGAGAUCUAAGCACACCAAUCCAAGAUCACGUUCUCGAUCACGAUCACGAUCACGAUCUCAAUCUCAAUCAGGUUCAAGAUCGAAGUCUAGAUCAAGACUGCCAAAUAGUGUUAGUACUGUUGAACCCAGCGUAGAACCUUCUCAAUCACAUUAUAGAGAUAGAUCAAGUGAUCGAUCGUUUGAUAAGCUUCAGAAGUCUAAAUUAUACAAGAAUGAUCAUACAUCAUCACAAGAUAUACCGUUACUGAAUACUUCAUAUAACAAUGUCAUAAAUAAUCCUGAACAUCAAGAAGAACAGGAUUUAAGGGGUAGAAGAAGACUGCGAGAAAUUAAUAAUUCAGAAACUAUAAAUGAACAACCACAAAGUGAUGAAAUAGAAGAGGAUGACAAUAUGAUUAGUUUAAUGGGGUUCAGAGGUUUUGGAUCUACUAAGGGUAAGCAUGUCAAUGGUACCAAAGGUGGAGCUAUAAAGAAAGAUAAGAAGACAGAGUAUCGGCAAUAUAUGAAUAGAACAAAAGGCUUUAAUCGUCCCUUGUCGCCUGGAAGGUGAGAAUUGUAAUAUACAUAUAUAUAUUUAUAUAUAUUAUUGUUAUUAUUAAAUACGAUCAUUUAAUAUCUAUAAAU